UGUCAGAAGCAAAUUAGUUAACAUUGUAUUACUGGUUUUGUCCUAAUGGGAAGCUUGUGGUUGGUUGUUCUUGUGAAUUUGGCGAUGGUUUUGUGUGUGAAAAGCCAACUGAAAAAUGGGUUUUAUUCAUCUUCUUGUCCCAAGGCUGAAUCCAUUGUUAGGUCCACUGUUCAAUCUUACUUCCAAAAGGAUCCAACCAUAGCUGCUGCUUUGUUAAGGCUUCAUUUCCAUGACUGCUUUGUUCAGGGUUGUGACGGAUCAGUGUUGAUUACAGGAGCAUCUGCUGAGAGAAAUGCAUUACCAAAUACAGGAUUAAGAGGAUUUGAAGUAAUUGAUCAAGCCAAAUCACAAUUAGAGGCAACAUGCCCUGGUGUAGUCUCAUGUGCUGACAUACUUGCUUUAGCUGCUCGUGAUUCUGUAGACUUGAGUGAUGGGCCAAGCUGGACAGUCCCAACUGGGAGAAGAGAUGGUAGAGUUUCUUUAUCAUCUCAGGCUUCGAAUUUGCCUUCUUUUUUUGAUUCGGUUGCCAUUCAGAAGCAAAAGUUUGCAGCUAAAGGCCUCGAUGCUCAUGAUCUCGUCACCUUAGUUGGGGCACAUACCAUAGGUCAAACAGACUGCUUAUUCUUCAGAUACCGUCUAUACAAUUUCACAACCACAGGCAAUGCAGACCCAACAAUUAAUCACGAAUUCCUAUCACAACUACAAGUCGUUUGCCCGAAAGAUGGCGAUGGAUCAAAAAGGGUGGCAUUAGACAGCAACAGCCAACUUAAGUUCGAUGCGAGUUUUUUUAAGAACGUAAGAGAUGGAAAUGGAGUUUUAGAGUCUGAUCAAAGACUUUGGGAUGAUGCUGAAACUGGCGAUGUUGUUCAAAAGUUUAGUGGAAAUGUGAGAGGAUUAUUUGGGCUUAGGUUUAAUUUUGAUUUUCCAAAAGCUAUGGUUAAAAUGAGUAGCAUUGAAGUUAAGACUGGUUCAUAUGGUGAGAUUAGAAAGGUUUGCUCCAAGUUCAAUUGAUGAUCAUGUGUCAAAGAAAUUGUAUAAUAGAUACAAUUAAAAUGAUCAAGUGCUGCACAAUAAUAAUUGAUAAGCAAUUACAUACUAUUUUGUUA